ACGUAUGCGCGCACGCAGAAAUUCCAUGCACGAAUCUACGAAAAUAAUUUGCGCGCUACAGCAUUUUUUCUCGCCAAGAUGUAAAGGAAAACUAGUGCAGUGUUUUGUUAUUUUUUGUGGAUAAUGUUAAUUUAAUCUUAGUUUUGUGAAUAUUUUGUAAUUUUUUAGUUUUCUUAAAGGAUCUGUUUUGGCAAUAUGAAGACUCUCUUGUAUAUCAGCAUACUCACACUCUUGAAAACAAUAUCAACAGAAGAGCCAGAACUGGCGCCACCACCAGAUGAAUUCAACUUGCUAGGGGAGGCAAAUUCAAAAAAUUUAAUCACUGUAGAUGUUGACUAUGUCAUUGGAGAAAAAGAAUUUGAAAUAACUUUCAAAAGAGAUGUUGCAAUACCUGUGCACGAGCUAAAAUUAUAUGAUACAACUUUAUCUAGUCCAUUUUUGCUAAGAACCACAUUUAAGUUAAGAGAAAAAUUUUCUACAACGUGUAUGUUUUCUGUAGUAGACAAAAGUACAACAGAUUUUGAACUCUGUUUCACACCAAUAGGGGAUGAUACGACUGACAUAACAGUUAACAGCGAUAAAAUACCUGGUAAGAAGUUGAAAAUAUCGACUUUGGAGAAUUUCACCUUAUGGACGGAAAUGUUAAUACAUUUUGAAGAAACUAAAGCCACGUUAUACGUGAAUUGUAAGGAAUCGGGAAACGAAAACGGAGAAACUAUUUAUUAUGAGGACGGAUUAGUUUUCGAAGAUAUUCGGUUUACGGAAACCUCUGAGUUACAUUUGAAACAUUUUCAGGGUCAAAUACGAGAUAUAAUCAUAUACCUAGAUGCUUCUGAUGACAAAAAGAACACAUUUUGCCCACCUCCUGUGGAUGAAGGGGACGACCCUCCAGAAGGAGUAAAAGGUGAUGGUGGUUCUCCAAAACCUAUGAACCUAGAAAUUUUUACCGGAGACACUACAUCAUUUAUUGAUUUAGCAGAAAAAGGCGAUAAAGGAGAUAAAGGCGAUAAAGGCGACAUUGGAAUCGGUUUGAUUGGACCUCAAGGUCCACAAGGAGCCCCUGGGCCGCCUGGGUCCAUGGGUUUACAAGGAAUUAAGGGAGAUAUAGGAUCAUGUUCCUGUUCGGAAUCAGUUGUAUCCAGUCUUUUGAUGACAAUGCCAGAGAUGAAAGGACCUAAAGGCGAGAUGGGAGAACGUGGUGACCCUGGAGAUCCAGGUCCAGCAGGAUUAACAGGUAGCCAAGGGGAAAAGGGUGAAAGAGGUGUACAAGGAUUAAAAGGUGAUCCUGGAGAGAAAGGCGGUGUUGGUUCUCCUGGCAAAGAUGGAGAGCAAGGCCCUAAGGGGGAACCCGGUUUAGAUGGAAUACCUGGUCGACCUGGUGAACCAGGACCUAGAGGACCUGCUGGACCUCCCGGGUUAGGUCAUGAGAAGGGAACAGUAGGGAGAACUGUACCUGGAGAGAAAGGCGAUAUAGGACCAAUAGGACCACCUGGCCCCAUUGGACCCAAAGGAACUACUGGAGAAAAGGGUGAAACGGGCCAGCGAGGUGACAAAGGAGAUAAAGGUGAUAUGGGUCAUAGCGGGCUGAAAGGUUUAAAAGGAGAUUCAGGAGAAAGAGGAGAAUCAGGAAAAGAUGGGGUACCAGGAAUUCCUGGUUCUCAUGGUAGACAUGGUGAAAAAGGAGACAAAGGUGACACAGGAGGAAAAGGAGAAAUAGGUCCAUCUGGUCGUUCUGCAUCAUUAACAGAUCUGCUUGAUCCUGACAUGGACUCAGCUGAAAAUACUGCAGUUGUAGAAAAACUACGAGGAUUCAAAGGCGAUAAAGGAGAAUAUGGGGAAAAGGGUAUGAAAGGUGAUUUAGGACCAAUAGGGCCACCUGGAUCUCCCGGUGCACACGGACGUCCUGGACACGGUGAACGAGGACAUACAGGUCCUAAAGGGGACCAAGGCAUAGAGGGACCUAAAGGACAGAAAGGAGAGCCAGGAGACCCUAGAACUUCGUUGUUUGGUUCUUCUUCCCCUGGUGCAAAGGUCCCUUGGUUACGGAUAACUGGUGAUAUGGGUGACAAAGGAGACAAGGGUGACCAUGGUCCAAUAGGAAAAACUGGUCCAAGGGGACCGACGGGUCAUACUGGUAAGAGAGGUGCUACUGGUCCGACUGGUCCCAAAGGAAAUCAAGGUGACACUGGACUACAGGGGCCCAUGGGGCCACAAGGAGUACCUGGUGAAAAAGGAACAUUAGGAUCGAAAGGUGAAAAGGGAGAUAGUGCUCCUUCACACAAUUUGACAACGAUACAAGGUGAAAAAGGGGAAAAAGGAAACGACGGAAAACCAGGACCGCGCGGUGAACCAGGACUAUGUCCACAUUGUGGCCCGACCGUCCAGGGUCCACCAGGCCCGCCCGGCCCACCAGGUCCACCUGCACCUGUACCACCAGAGCCACAUUACCUGGAGAAUGAUGAUGAUUUUUAUACGACUACGACUGUCGUUUAUAGAUCUAUUACAGCGCUUAUUAAGCGAACCGCUACAACACCCCCGGGAACGUUGGCCUACGUAUUACGGGAACAAUCGUUACUGUUGAAACUCCAAAAUGGAUGGCAAUACGUUACGAUGGGCUCUCUGGUUCACCCAUACGAUCCUUUUAGAACAACGACAACAAGGCCACUACCAUCUCGACUGGAAACAUCAACGUUGCCAAGCAUACCAUCAAAUCCAGAUCAUAUUUACAUUCGAUUAGCAGCACUAAACACACCAUAUACGGGCAAUAUUUAUUCCGUAACAAACAGGACUGGACGUAAUGCAGCUAACCUGGAUUGUCAUAUACAAUCGCGUGGGUAUGAUGGCAACUUUGUCGCCUUUCUGGCUGGCCAGAUUGAAGACCCAAGAAGCAUAGUGAAAAUCAAGAGUUCAAAGAUAACUGUCGUUAAUACAAAAGGCCACGUCCUUUUCAACUCCUGGUCUAACGUGUUUGAUGGUUCAGGAGCUCCGUUUGCAAGUCCAGUAGCGGAUAUAUACAGUUUUGAUGGAAAGAAAGUCAUGAUUGAUAACAAUACUUGGCCUAUUAAAGCUGUAUGGCAUGGAGGAGAUCUCUAUGGUAUAAAACAACCAACAGCGUUUUGCGACGAAUGGCAGAAUGGCAAUCCGGAUCAAUACGGGACUGCGUCAUCUCUUUAUAGUAAUAAAUUGUUGGACCAGAAAAUGUACCCCUGUGAUAGUAAAUUAAUAGUUUUAUGUAUAGAAGCUACAAGAAGAAGACAAAGGCAUUCUGGAUCGAGAAUGCAGGAACAGUACAAUAGAAAAAAUACAGUGGCAUAUAGGAAUCGAAUACCACGGUUAUAGCACCCACAUAGAACUAAGAGACGAUUACUAAACUUACAAGUGUGAUUGAUUUUAACGUUAUCGUGAAAUCAGUGUUGUGAUUUACAAAAAAGUAUUUUCAUAAAAAUCUUAAAUACGUAUUAUUGACAUUGCAGAUUUUUAAUUUAUUGUACGAAGUUAAAUUUAAGUAACAUGUUUUAAGUUU